UCAGGUAACACUCGCAAGUCACUUAGCAUCGACUGGACAGGGCCUGCCACGACACAUCCCAAGUGGCCUGUCGGGAAGCGUCUUUUUACAAGGCUUCCUUCUGACACAGCAAAGGGAGGCUCCGAAGAUGACUCACUCACCAAUGUAUAAUCAGACCAUUUUGAAAAAGGUGGCUCUGUGUAAACAGAAACCAGCUUUUUCCGGGAAUGAGUUUAUCAUCUCAUCAAGGACCUCAUCCCACCAUUUCUACCUGAAGAGCGUCUGGCUCCGCCCCGACAGCAGCCUCAGCCAUGAACUGGUCUGCUCUGGAGGCCCUCCUCAGCGGGGUCAACAAAUACUCCACCGUGUUCGGCCGCAUCUGGCUCUCCAUGGUCUUCGUUUUCAGGGUGAUGGUGUUUGUGGUGGCCGCGCAACGCGUGUGGGGUGAUGAGAGCAAGGACUUUGUCUGUAACACGGCCCAGCCGGGCUGCACCAACGUCUGCUACGACUCCAUCUUCCCCAUCUCCCACAUCCGCCUGUGGGCCCUUCAGCUUAUUUUUGUCACCUGCCCAUCGCUGAUGGUGGUCGGCCACGUGAAGUAUCGGGAGAAGAAGGACACGCAGUUCACCAACUCACACAAGGGCACCCAUCUCUAUGCCAACCCUGGGAAGAAACGUGGAGGGCUGUGGUGGACUUACCUGGUGAGUCUGAUUUUCAAAGCAGGCUUCGACGCAGGCUUCCUCUACAUCCUGUACUAUGUCUACGAAGGUUACGACAUGCCCCGCCUGUCCAAGUGCUCCCUGGAGCCGUGUCCCAACACGGUGGACUGCUACAUAUCCCGCCCCACCGAGAAGAAGAUCUUCACCAUCUUCAUGGUGGUCUCCUCUGCCAUCUGCAUCUUAAUGUGCAUCUGCGAGAUGAUUUACCUCAUCUGCAAACGCUUUCAGAAGCUCCUCAGGAGGAAGGCGGAGUCUGACAAGAGGAUGUCCGCACAGAAUCACGAGAUGGUGCCGCUGGCAGCGCCCAGGUCAGUGUUCAGGUCCAGAUCAUCAAUCAGAGUGGAUCCUACGGUAUCUGUCCAGAACCUUAGUAACGUCAAGGCUGAGGAGUCAAUUGAGAAAACCCUAACCCCAACCCAGGUUGAAGAAAUGAGUAAAGCUUUCCAAAGGCUAGAAUAUUUAAAUAACUGAAGCUCAACGCCAAAGAGAUCUCCCCCAAUUCAGGCAGCGUCUUGUAAAUAUGAUCAUGUCUAAUGACUUUGUGCAAGAGCACAGACAGACAGAGGAUCACAAAGGAAGUUAGAGGGUUUAAUAGAAUUCCUUUCUGUUUUUUUUUUAUUGGUUUGUGUGUCUGUGAUUGAAUGUGCGGAUGUGUGUGUACGUCUUUUUGUGUAUUACUAUUGGCCAGUGGCAACCUUAAAAUAAAAUGUCAUUUUUAAUUUGGUGCAGUUACACACUGCCCCCUAAUGAAUAAAUCAACAUAAAGCACACAAAGCUCUGCUGUAGGGGUAACAUAGUAAUCUGAAGAGAUAACUUGAGAAGCUUUUGUUCUUAGAUAUGUCCUAUACAGAAAAUGGUCUUUAUUAUGCUCUUCACGACUUCAUGGCUCUUCACGACUUCAAAAAGUGAAGUAAGAUUCGCAAUAAUGUGUUCCUUUAACAUUUUUGUAUUUAUUGUUGUUAUCUAUAAAGUUAUUUAAAAAAAUA